ACCGCGACUGGAGGAGGAGGAAGAGAGUUUCGAGGGAGUUGGCAGUCGAGUGCAGACUUCAGUCAGUGUGCGCUGCUCUCCGGAACCAGCGCGACGUACAUGCGCACGCUCGGACGGACGCACGUACCACGACCAAGGCAGCCGGCUGAGAUGGACGUCAUCCCCAUGUGCAGCAUCUUCCAGGAGCUUCAGAUUGUGCACGACACCGGAUACUUUUCCGCCUUACCGUCCCUGGAGGAGUACUGGCAGCAGACAUGCUUGGAGCUGGAGCGCUACCUCCAGGCCGAGCCGUACGUGUCGGCAUCCGAGCUGAAGUUUGAAGGCCAAGAGGACCUUUGGAGCAAACUGAUGCUGGCGUGCGGCGACAAGGCGGCCGACCCCAAGCUGGCCAAGGAGGAUGAGGACCCUCCGGAGACCCGGGACAGUGCCAACUGCUGCUUCCACUCGGACGCCAGCAGCGAGGCGUCGGACAGCUCCGAGGAACUGUCGCCGGCCCUCGACUUCCCCGCCGGCUCGCUGGCGGAUCUACUUGGGGAUGGCCCCGAGGACCUGAGCGCCGCCUGCGCCGCCGCCGUCAUCAUCGGGACACCGCCCUCUUCACCCGAGCUGGGCAAGGAGAGCCCAGCGGGGGCGCAGGCGUGGGGAGGCGGACACCCGGUGGGGAAAGGCAGGACGGGCGGCAACAUCGGAGCGGAGAGGGUGGCGGGUCUCGCCAGCGGGGAAGCAUCCCCCGACAGCAGGAGGCGAGUGCACAGGUGUCUCUUCAAUGGCUGCAGGAAGGUGUACACAAAGAGCUCGCAUCUCAAGGCGCACCAGCGCACCCACACAGGCGAGAAGCCGUACAGAUGCUCUUGGGAAGGCUGCGAGUGGCGAUUCGCGCGGAGCGACGAGCUGACGCGUCACUUCAGGAAGCACACGGGGGCCAAGCCAUUCAAGUGCAGUCACUGUGACAGGUGUUUCUCUCGCUCGGACCACCUGGCUCUGCACAUGAAGCGGCACAUGUAAGGCGGGGCAGGCGUCUGCGGCGCCAAAGGCCCCGCGGGAUGAAUCCGGCGGACGUUUCCUGACCCGUGUGGCAUCAGCAAGGCCGGUUCAGCGUAUCGACAGCGGACCGCGCUGGCAGGCGGCAGUCGGGUCAGCGGAAAAAAAGCAGGAAGUAAACGCAGAGCUCUCAUUUUGCACCGUACUCAGUGCCUCCGAUACCUUGCUGUGAGGAAGCAGGAACAUUCCGGAAAGGACGGGAACUCGUGUAUGGUGUUUGAUGGUUUUUGUUUUUUUGUUAACGGCCCUGCCUGGAGAAUCUUGGGACUUCGCAGGUGGCGGCGGUGUGUCCGGACUGCGGACGCCCCGCCCGCACCGGUUAGCUGAAGUCGUACGGCGUGCAUGGUGGACAAAUUCCGUCUUUUGGUCUCUGAGUGAAUGAAAAGAAAAUGGAAAGCAGAGGAGGGCUUCUUUGUUUGUUUGUGCGCCCUCCAGAGGCCUGGAGGGAAAUUUACAGCUCCUUGCUUAUUUUUAGAAAACAGAAAAAAGGAUAGGGGAGGGGUGACGUUUUUUUUUUUUUUUUUUGGUGCAGCUAAUAAAUGUGCAAUGUAUGACGUAACCUGUCUAAAAACAUACACAUGAGAGUUUGGUCAUUUUGUUGUCUGGUAAGCAAGAGAGAUGGGGGACACUUGGAGGUGGCGAAGAGAGUGGAAGGGACACGCUGGAAAGAAAAAAAAGAUACAUAUUUCAUCUCCUAAAUUCAAUGCGGCAAUUUUCUCCUUCGCUUUUUCGACAAAAUCCGACAUUUGCCUUGAACAAAAAAAUAUGACUUUAUGGUCCCUAAAAAAAUAUCUGACUUUAAUUGUGUAACAUAGAACUUUUUGUCUCCCAAAAAAUUGAUAUAAUCUUGUGAGAACUGAACUUCUUUCUCAUCGUCUUUUGACCUGAAUGAAUGAAAAAAAAUCAUUCUUGUAAUAUUACCACUUUAUUCUAAAAGAAAUCAAGGACAUAAAUCUUCUCAGAUGACAAUUUUUUCAAGAAAUCUAACUUUAAUGUAUUUUUAUGACAUUUCUUGAAAAAAAUAACUUUAGACUUAUCUUGACUUUUAUCUUUAUUCUUAUAAUUGAAUGCACUUUUCUCGACUUGUUUUUAUUUUUGUUUGGAAAAAAUACUUUACGUUAAAAAAAUAUUUACAAUAAUCUUGAAAAUGACUUACUCCAAAAGUUUGACUUCAAGCUUCCAAUAUGCCGACUUUUUUUCCAGAAAAAACUAUUCUUAACUUUAAUUGUAUAGUUUCUGACUUUUUGAUCGACUUUAUACUUAUUUUAUGUUUUUUUUUUUUUCACAAAAAUAUGACUUAAAUCUCAGAAUAUUAAUUUUGGAGAAACAAAGAAGAAGAAAACUUUAUAGCUUGACAAAUUUGAUAACUAUUUCCAGAUUGGUUUUUCUCUGGCAUGACUUUUUCUUAAAAAAAAAAAAAAAAGAAAAUAGUACUAAAAUGUUUGGUUCAAAUUGUAGUUUUUUUCCUUUCCAGGGUUUCCAUGGGCCCAUUUUUCGCAACAUGUUCUUUGAAGCGAAUACAUUUGUCACGGUUUGGUCCGUUUUGUUUACGUGAAAACACAUACUCCUGCUUAAUGCUCCUCAUAAAAUACACAUCGCCAACUAGUGUCAUGGAGUGCACAUUGCAGUGUGUUCACUGGUUUUUGCUCACGCAUAUCCAAAAUGCGAAUGUGGAGGUCAUAUAAAAAAAUGUGUGUAUGGUGGGGGGGGUGCAUGAGUGUAG